AUGAAAAGCUUCUUAAAUAUAUUUUAAACUGUAAAAAAAUAAAGAAUUAAAUAACUUGGGUAGUAAAAAUAGUCUUGUAUCGGAAAAAAAACUUUAAUUUUAGAUUUAGAUGAAACAUUAGUACAUAGUUCUUUUUAAUAAAUAAAUGAAUACGAUUUUUAAUUUGAAAUAGUAGUUAAAAAUAUUCCUUAUUAAAUAUAUGUAAAAAAACGUCCAGGAAUACAUAUUUUUUUACAAAAAUUAAGUGAAAAAUAUGAAAUAGUAAUAUAUACUGCAAGUAUAUCGGAAUAUGCAAAUUAAGUAUGUAAUAUAAUAGAUUAAUAAGACGUAAUUUCUUAUAGACUUUUUAGAUAACAUUGUUCAAACUAUAGAGGUAAAUUAGUAAAAGACUUAACAAAAUUAGGUAGAGAAUUAAAGGAUAUUAUAAUAAUAGAUAACUCUGAAAAUUCUUUUUUAUUUUAACCUGAAAAUUCGAUUUAAAUUUCAAAUUUUUUUGAAGAUAAUAAUGAUACUGAGCUAACUAAAUUAAUACCUUUUUUAAUAUUUUUAUCGGAUGUUUAUGAUAUAAGAUCUACUCGUAAAUGGAUGGAAAAAUAUAUAAAUAAUGAAAUAAUAGACUAUAUAGAUAUGAAUCAUAAAGAAUAAAAAUAUAACCGAAAAAUGUAUUAAAAAAUAAAUUAAGAAAAUAAAAUUCCUUAAUAAAUAAGCAAAUAUUAAAUAUAAUCUUUGGAUUAUUUAAAUGGAAACAAGCUUUAGUAUUCAGAAGUUAAUUUAGAAUAAUAAGUAAAAUAGUAAUAUUUCAGGAAUAAAAUAUAAAAAAAAGGAUAUAAAUCUAAAACUUGA